UAGUCGUAUCACCAUUGCUAAAAGAUAAUGAUUUAUUCCAUCUUUUUUGUCUAGCUUUUGUUUGAUUGUAUUGUAAUCUAAUUUUAUACUGUGAUUUUAAAUUGAUCAUCAAUUUAAUAUUUCUAUUAUUGUGCCUUGAAGCUAUUUUGGCUUAAAAAUCCAACCUCAUGAUUUUAUUCGUUCAAACUAUUUGAAUAUCAUUCUAGUUUUCUAUUGUAUCUCGCUAUGCAAGAGCUUGUAGAUAAAUCCGAUGAUUCAAGCAACUCCUCUGUCGUUUUAUUGGAGACUAUUUCUAAUGGAGAUCCAGACUUGACUCUUCUUGCCACCGAACUCCAGCGAUUCAUUCGUUCUGAAUGGACCAAAACAAGAAGUAGAACGCGGUACAGAAGGAAAGAUGUGAUUAAAAAUUGCUAUAUUAAUAAUCGGAAAGAACUGAAACGUUUACAUGCAUCGCAUCCUCCUCAAUCUGUUUCAGUUAAUUACAAGUUUUCUACUUAUGAAAAUCCUUCUAUGAUAGCAAAAACAAUGCUGGUUGAUUUUAGUGAUGGAAAAAAGACAAAUGUAUUUAUUAAGCAAAUGCAUUUUGUCAAACAAAUUCCUACCAUGUUUAUAUGGGCUCCAAUCCAGCAAAACUACCUUGUGGCAGAUGAGCAGGAGCUUCAUAAUAUUCCUUAUCUCGGUGAUGAAGUUAUCGACAAUGAAAAUAAUUUUAUAGUUGAUCUUUUGAACAACUAUAACGGUAAAGUGCAUGGAGAUGGAGAGACUAAUAAUUUUGAAGAUGAACCGUUUUUCGAGUUAGUUGAUAAUUUAUCUCAAAAAAUGGAUCAGGUUGAACUCCUGGAACCACUUCUGAAAGAAGUUCGCUCACUUAAGCCAUCUACUUUAGCAGAAAAGGAAAAAGAAUAUCCACCUUUCAAAGUAUUUGAAGCUAUUUCCUUUGCAUUCCCUGAAAGAGGCUCACCCGAGGAGCUCCGUUUAAAGUAUCUUGAUAUCAUGAGAAGAAAAGAUCGUAUUCGUAUUAUGCCAUUAGAAACUACUCCCAACAUUGAUGGUCCAAAUGCUGUUUCUACGUCACGGGAGCAAACUAUGCAUUCUUUCCAUACACUUUUUUGUCGCCGUUGUUAUAAAUAUGAUUGUUUUACACACCAGGUAGGAUCUGUUAAACCAAGAUGUCGUUAUACUAAGAUGAAACCCGACACGACUCCCUGUGGAGAUGAUUGUUAUUUACAUUUCGAGUCUGUCAAAAUAAAAAUCAAGCAAGAAUCCGAGGAGGAAGCUAGGAAACAAGAGCUACCCGAAAGACCGAUAGUUAAGAAGGUUUUUUCUGUUGAAUCCAAUGGAAGUAGUGGUAAUGAUGCUAGCAGCGAAGAUAGCAAUGAUAGCUCUGCUUCGAUUAAAAUGAGAAAAGGUCCAAAUCAUAUCCUAACUUCUAGAUCGAGUAGUGAAACUAGAAGGCUACGAGCUCCAAGCUAUUCUUCACUAUCUAGUGAAGGUCAAGAUUUAAACGGCAAAGACGAGUGCGAUAAGAACAACUCAGUUCAAGUGAAUGGAAAUACAACUAACUCUGAGGGUUAUACAAACGGACAGACCAAUGGAAAUGCCAACGGAAAGACCAACGGAAAGACCAACGGCAAAGAAGAAGACAGUGUGGAAGAGUCUAUGAAAAGUGAAUCGGAAGCGGUGAACAAUUGCUCAGAUCUUGAUGAUUCUCCUAUUGAUAUGGGUAGUUGGACUGGGUCCGAAAAAUCAUUGUUCCGUGCUUUAUGGAAUGCUUAUUAUAAAAACUACUGUGCUAUAGCUGAGGCCAUAUUUACAAAAACUUGCGCUCAAGUGUAUCUUUUUGCUCAACAGGAAUGGGAAGAGUUCGUUGUUGACGAGGUUUCCAAAGAGACAACCACAACUCCAAAAAAGAAGAAAAAGAGGAGUAAUUCACUUUACCAUAGAAAUAAAACAUCUCGUCGAUCAUUUACCAAGAAUGGUCGACCCCAUGUGAAUGUGGACAAUUACGUUCCGUGUGAUCAUCCUGGUCAAUCAUGUGAUAGCAGAUGUGUAUGUGUUAGUACAAACAACUUUUGUGAAAAAUAUUGUAAUUGUAGUCUUGACUGUCCAAAUCGGUUUCCCGGAUGCCGAUGUAAGGGCCAGUGUAAUUCUAAACAAUGUCCCUGUUUCAAUGCCAUUCGUGAAUGUGAUCCAGACUUGUGCCAGUCUUGUGGAGCAGAUUCUUUUGACGAACCAAACAUUUCUUGUAAAAAUGUUUCAAUUCAACGAGGAAUGAAGAAACACUUAUUGCUUGCCUUCUCAGAUGUUGAAGGUUGGGGAAUCUUUUUAAAAGACUCAGCUCACAAAAAUGAACUUAUUUCCGAAUAUUGUGGGGAAAUUAUAUCUCAAGAUGAGGCUGAUCGUCGUGGUAAAGUUUACGACAAGUAUAAUCGAAGUUUCUUAUUCAAUUUAAAUAAUGAAUUUGUCGUUGAUGCUACCCGAAAAGGAAAUAAGAUUCGCUUUGCUAAUCACUCAGUAAACCCUAACUGUUUUGCCAAAGUAAUGAUGGUCAAUGGAGAUCAUCGUAUUGGUAUAUUUGCCAGGAGAAACAUUGAACCUGGAGAAGAACUAUUCUUUGACUACAGAUAUGGAUUAAGUGAACAAUUGAAAUUCGUUGGAAUCGAACGUGAUAUUAUUUUAGCGUAAAUUAAAACAAAUUCUUGCAACCAUAAAGAGAAAAAGAAUCAAGUAUUAAGAAAAAAGUUACUUCAAUCUGCUAAAGUAAAUCAUGAUGAUGUUUGUUUUAAAAAAAACUCAAAAGUGAUCUCUCAAACUGCCAGUUCAUAUUUGUGUUCAUAAAAUGGCAACAAACCUAACAAUUACAUUUAAUUGUAAUGUGUACGAAUUAUUUAUAACCUCUAGGACCACAACAAACCUCAAAACAAAGCAACUCUUUUUUCAUAGGGAAUCAAACAAAAGCAAAACUUCAAUGUAACAAAUGGAUAAUCAUUUUGAUUCAAGAUAAUCACGCUGAUUUUACAUGUUCAGAAUUAUUUCAUUUUUAUUUCUAUCUCUAUUUGACUGUAUAACUUUCCUUUUAUUAUUUAUGAAAAAAAUGAGUAACAUUUUUGAAAUGUUCUGAGACAAAUGCCAUUUUGUUUAAAUAAUGACAAAUGACAAUUCAAAUUAAAACCUUUUUUUUCA